AUGUCCUAUAAUCGCUUGGGAGACCCCUAUGGGGACGACGGCCACGACGCACGUUCGCCCAUUAUGCAGCACAGCAACCUAAGCAAUCGAUCGCCCUCUCCCGGGCGCCCUCUAGAUGGCUACCAGCUCUCUGAUGGCCCAUAUGGCCCGCACGACCACCUACAAAUGCCCUCAAGCGACAGAUUGAUGGAACAACCUACAUUCUCCGUCGAGAGACUUCCUCAAUCAUACGGCCACAACGACUCUUACGAAUCGCGACACCCACCCAACUACCCGGGCUACGAGUACUCUGUAGAUCCUGAAGCACACCAUGAUGCUUACUAUACCCAACCAUACCAACCCACAGUUACUCCAGGCCAUGAUGAUUAUGAUCUAGGAAACUACUCUGGGCCCCAGCAUUCCUAUAACGAUGAUGAACCGAUCCUCCAACAAGACGAUCCUUUUCGCGCGCAAAAUCCAUACAGCGAUGAUUACCAAGAGGACACUACCAUUGCUCCUACACCGAGUCCUGCUCCAAUUCGACGAUGGAAGACCGUCAAAGAAGUUCCAUUGUUCGAGGGUAACCUUGUCCUCGACUGCCCUAUCGCACCGAAACUGCUCAACCAGAUCCCCCACUCCGAGAACUCUCAGCGUGACGAAUUCACACAUAUGCGCUAUUCUGCCGCCACUUGUGAUCCAGCGGACUUCUUUGAGAAGCGCUUCACCCUGCGUCAAAAGCUUUUCGCCAAACCACGACACACAGAGCUCUUCAUUGUCGUCACCAUGUACAAUGAGGAUGACUUCCUUUUCGCAAGAACAAUGGUCGGUGUUUUCAAGAACAUAGAGCACAUGUGUUCGAGAACUCGAAGCAAAACCUGGGGAAAGGACGCCUGGAAGAAGAUUGUGGUCUGUGUCAUUAGUGAUGGUCGUGCGAAAAUCAACCCGCGGACUCGCGCAGUGAUGGCCGGUCUAGGUUGUUAUCAGGACGGCAUUGCAAAGCAGCAAGUCAACGGCGAGGAUGUCACGGCGCACAUUUACGAGUACACAACGCAAGUUGGUUUGGAGUUGAAGGGGUCCCAGGUCCAUCUUAAACCUCGCUCUGGAGUUCCCGUGCAGAUGAUUUUCUGCCUCAAGGAAAAGAACCAGAAGAAAAUCAACUCGCAUCGCUGGUUUUUCCAGGCUUUCGGUCGUGUCCUUGAUCCUAAUAUCUGUGUCUUGCUCGAUGCCGGUACCCAGCCGGGUAAGGACUCGAUCUAUCGUCUGUGGAAGGCUUUCGAUGUCGAACCCAUGUGCGGAGGAGCUUGCGGUGAGAUCAAGGUCAUGUUAAACCACGGAAAGAAGCUGUUCAACCCAUUGAUCGCUGGGCAAAACUUCGAGUACAAGCUGAGUAACAUUCUCGACAAGCCCUUGGAGUCAGCCUUCGGGUUUAUUUCCGUGCUUCCAGGUGCCUUCUCGGCCUAUCGCUAUAUAGCACUGCAGAACGAUAAAAAUGGCCAGGGCCCACUGGAGCGAUACUUCCUCGGAGAGAAAAUGCAUGGUGCUAAUGCCGGUAUUUUCACUGCCAAUAUGUAUCUGGCUGAGGAUCGGAUCUUGUGUUUCGAAAUUGUCACCAAGCGCAACUGCCGCUGGUUACUCCAAUACGUCAAAUCAUCGACCGGUGAAACUGAUGUGCCGGACCAGAUGGCCGAAUUCAUUAUGCAGCGUCGUCGGUGGCUGAACGGCAGUUUCUUCGCGGCUAUCUAUGCCAUUACCCAUUUCUAUCAGCUUUGGCGCAGCGACCACAGCAUCAUCCGGAAGCUCAUGUUACUGGUCGAAACGCUAUACCAGACGAUCAAUCUGCUGUUCGCCUGGUUUGGUAUUGGUAACUUCUUCUUGGUCUUUCAUAUCCUUACGACAUAUCUUGGCGAAAAGAAUCUCCUGGGGACUGCUGGUAAGGUCCUGGGGGUGGUAUUUGAAUGGCUCUACCUCGCGACUUUGGUGACUUGUUUCGUCCUGUCACUGGGUAAUCGCCCCGGUGGCUCGAACAAGCUAUACAUGACGAUGGUGUAUUUCUGGGUUUUCAUCAUGAUUUACCUCGCCUUUGCUGCAGUCUUCGUAACGGUGCGGUCCAUUCAAGAGGAAGUUAAGGAUAAUAACUUCACCUUCUCGACACUCUUCACCAACAGCACUUUCUUCUCUAUAAUUGUCUCGCUCGGUUCGACGUACGUUAUGUGGUUUAUUGCCUCGAUCAUCUUCCUGGAUCCAUGGCACAUGUUUACAUGCUUCAUCCAAUACAUCCUUCUCACCCCAACCUACAUCAACGUCCUGAAUAUCUACGCCUUUUGUAACACCCACGACAUAACUUGGGGUACGAAAGGUGAUGACAAGGCCGAAAAGUUGCCCUCGGCGCACACCAAGCCUGGCGGAAAGGUUGACGUCAACAUCCCGCAAGACGAUAGAGAUCUCAACACUCAAUACGAUGCAGAACUCAUGAAGUUUUCCAUGAAGCCUCCCAAGGAAAUCAAGACCAUCUCCGAAGAUGAACGCCAGGCCGAUUACUAUAAGGGUUUCCGAUCUGCUGUCGUUCUCGUCUGGGUGUUCUGUAAUUUUGCUCUGGGAGCCGUUGUACUCAGUGCCGCGGGUUUGGAUCGUUUCAGCGACGACCCUGAGAAGGCUGACAAGGAAGAGAACAACCGUUCUAUGAUUUACAUGGCCGUGGUAUUGUGGAGCGUGGCUGGUCUUUCGAUAUUCAAAUUCCUCGGUGCCAUGUGGUACUUGGUUGUGCGAAUGUUCCGCGGCGUUUAA